UCUCUUUCUCUCUGUCUCUCACACACACAAAAUCACACACUUAUAGGGGGAGAGAGAGAAUCUAUCCUUAACGAACGUAUAACCUAUACAUGCAAAGUUUUGUCUCUAUAUUUCUGGAAUAAUUAUUUGGGUGUGGUGGUUUCGAACUUCGAAGAAGGGAAAAUUGGGAAUGGGAGCGAGUGAAUAAUGGACGGCCACUGAUUAUAAUAUAUUUGGACCGCAAUUUGUGAGAAUAAUACGGGGAUUUAAAACUCCUCUGUUCUUUUUCUAAGCCCUGCAUUUUGGUUGGUGUAGGCAUUUAGGCAAGUUUUCGGCUCCUGUGAUUGGGUGAAUAUUGUGUCUCAAGUUAUCAAACUUGUGAACUGCAAUCAUGAGUGACAAGAAGUCGGGACCUCUCGAACACCCUGCCAGGCCAAGUAUCGAGAAAUUUGAUAUUGAGAACUCUGAGGAUGAGAGGAAGACAAGGAUCGGGUCUCUUAGGAAGGUGGCAAUUAGUGCCUCCUCGAAGUUCAGGCAUUCUUUGACUAAAAAGGGCCGUCGAAACAGUAGAGUUAUGUCUGUUGAGAUUGUGGAUGAGCAUGCUGAUGAGGAAUUUAAGGCUGUGGAUGCCUUACGCCAAGCACUUAUCCUGGAAGAACUACUACCUGCAAAAUACGAUGACUAUCACAUGAUGCUAAGGUUCUUGAAGGCCAGGAAAUUUGAUAUUGAGAAAACAAAGCAAAUGUGGGCUGAUAUGAUUCACUGGAGGAAGGAAUUCAGUGCUGAUACAAUUAUGGAGGAUUUCGAUUUCAAGGAGAGAGAUGAGGUCCUUAAAUAUUAUCCACAAGGGCAUCACGGAGUUGACAAGGACGGCAGACCUGUUUACAUUGAAAGACUUGGGCAGGUUGAUUCCACCAAGCUCAUGCAAGUCACAACAUUGGACCGUUAUCUUAAGUACCAUGUCCUGGAGUUCGAGAGGACCUUUAUCGAUAAGUUCCCAGCCUGCUCUAUUGCAGCAAAAAGACACAUUGACCAGAGCACAACCAUUUUGGAUGUACAAGGAGUGGGACUGAAGCAAUUCAACAAAGCUGCUAGGGAACUCAUUCAGCGUCUUCAGAAGAUUGAUGGUGAUAACUAUCCCGAGACCCUCUGCCGCAUGUACAUCAUCAAUGCGGGAUCUGGAUUUAGGCUAUUGUGGAAUACCGUCAAGUCAUUCCUUGACCCGAAGACCACUGCCAAGAUCCAUGUUUUGGGCAACAAAUACCAGAGCAAGCUGCUUGAGAUCAUUGAUGCUAGUGAGCUACCCGAGUUCCUGGGAGGUACAUGCACCUGUGCAGAUAAAGGUGGUUGCAUGCGUUCGGAUAAGGGCCCUUGGAAUGAUUCAGAAAUUAUGAAGAUGGUACGUAAUGGUGAGCACAAAUGCUCGAACAAAGUGCUUAUUUCAUCUGUGGACGAGAAAACAAUUUCUGAGGAUGAGAAUGCCAAGAAUGUGAAGAAAAACAGCUCUUUCAACAGGGGAACAGAUUCUCCGGAGGUUUCUAGGGAACAUCUUUUUCCUGUUCAAGAGGAAGCAACCAAAAAGCCCAGAUCAUAUGAGUCUGAUCUGUAUGUCCGAGUUGUAGACAAGGCUGUUGAUUCAAAUUGGAAGAAAGCAGCAACAGCUGCAGCUUAUUUCCCCGCCCACAAUACUUGCAAGCCUUACGAAGGAGUUGGAAAUCAUCUCUUUACUGGAGUUAUGACCUUAGUUAUGGGAGUAGUUACUAUGGUGCGCAUGACACGUAACAUGCCAAAGAAACUCACAGAUGCCACCCUCUAUUCUUCUUCCAUGCACGGUGCUGAUGAUAUGGUCAAAGGUCAGUCUAAUGGCUACGGAUUGCCCGUUCCAGCCAUUUCGAGCGCUGAUUACUUUGCCAUGAUGAAACGCAUGAAUGAGCUCGAAGAGAAGGUGACUGUUCUUAGCAAGAAACCAACUACUAUGCCACCUGAGAAAGAGGAAAUGUUAAAUGCCGCAUUGAAUCGUGUUUGUACGCUGGAACAAGAGCUCUCAGCUACAAGAAAGGCUCUUGAAGAUGCUAUUGUACGACAAGGGGAACUCCUAGCCUACGUUGAGAAGAAGACGAAGAAGAAGAAGAAGUUCUUUGCUUUCUAAAUGCAGAGAUUUCCAAGACACCAAUUGCGUGAUCUCUAUACCAACAUUUGAUUUGCCAUUAAUAUUUGAAGCCUUUUGUAUAUUGAAUUUUUUUCUCUUGUAAUAGAGUAAUCUUUGUGUGUUUAUUGCCAUUGUUUUUAAGCUUUAACUGUGACUUAAAUGUGUUCAUCCAUGUAUGAAGACUCAGUGUCCUUAAUUAUACUAUAAUUUGCAUCUAAGUUCAAUUGAA